AUGACGGAUUCAGAAAAUCAAUUGAAUAGUUUUCGUCAAUGGGUACGAGAUCAGCAACCAAUUCUUAGUUCACUUGAGACGGAUGAAUUUUUGUUACAGUUUUUACGUAUUACAAAUUUCAAUUUGGACAAUGCCAAGGAAUGGCUGGCACGUUUUUGGAAACAUCGUACAGAAAAUCCACAAUGGUUUACAGAUCGAGAUCUUCUAAAAAAUACAGUAAUGUGUGAAAUAGCUGAAACUGCAUAUUAUCUUCAAUUACCAAAAGAAACCAACGGUAAAGAACACAUAGCUAUUAUGCGUAUGGCAUGCCAUGAUCCAACUAAAUAUUCAUUAGAUGAUGUCACAAAAUAUGCUUUUGCGGUUACAGAUGUUCUUAAUAGGCAAGAAAAAGUUCAAACACAUGGUCUUAUUAUUUUAUUCGAUUUAUCAGACAUGAAAUUACAUCACAUAAGUCAAUUCACACCUGAUCGUACUCAACGUUAUGUUGACUGUUGGGAAAAAAUGUAUCCAGUAAAAUUAAAUCAAAUACAUUUUUAUAAUUAUCCAUGUAUAUUUGAUCCAAUUUUACAUUUAUUUCGAAUGUUUCUUUCACGAAAAAUAAAUGAGAAACUUUUUCUUCAUCCGAAAACAUCAGACGAAUCAACAAAUAAAGCAUUACAUCAAUAUAUCGAUCCGUCAUUAUUACCAGCUGAAUAUGGUGGUCAAUUAGGACCAAUAGAAGACGUUAAUAAAACAUUUGUUCAAUGGGUGAAACAACAAAAUUAUUAUAUCCGUCAACUUGAUCAAUACAGUGUUGAUCCGAAACAAGCAUCCCAAGUCUUGAAGACAAUGCAAAACGAACAAGACUAA